CUUGCACUCGUUGUCUUUCUUUUUUCCCCAACCUUCACUUUCCUCCCUCUCUCAAUAAUAAUAAUUAAGAGCUAGUAGCGCAAGUCUUCUCUAGAGCUACUAACAAGCAUCAUUAACUCGAAAAAAAUGAAGGGUGGUUUGCUCGUCGACGAUGAAUUUAUUCACGGGGAAGAAAGGAGCCUCACUGUUCGCAAAACUUCUCUGUUUUUCACCGGCGAUGGUUUCACGGUUUAUGACUGCAAGGGCAGCUUGGUCUUUCGGGUGGACUCUUACGGUGGCCCCAACACCCGCGACACCGACGAAGUUGUCCUCAUGGACGCCCACGGCCGUUGUCUCCUCACCCUCCGACGAAAGAAAAAUAUCGAAACGGUGAAACAGAGGCCGAGUUUGCGACGAAGAUGGGAAGGUUAUCUCGGGGAGAGAUCGGACGGUCAGAAACCCAUCUUUGGGGUCAGGAGAUCGUCGAUAAUCGGGAGGAACAGCGUGACGGUGGAGGUGUACGGGGACUACAUGUGCGGCGAGUACCUGAUCGAAGGUAGUUUCGGGCAAAGGAGCUGCACCGUUGUGGAGGCCGAGACGAGGCGGAAGGUGGCGGAGAUACGGCGCAAAGUGGAUGCCUCAACGAACGUGAUGCUUGGGAAAGACGUUUUCUCGUUGAACGUGAAGCCUGGUUUUGAUGGAGCCUUUGCCAUGGGUUUGGUUCUUGUGCUUGAUCAAAUAUACGGCGACGAUCUCCUCGAGCUUGGUGAAGAACAGGUGCACCCUUCCGCAGAAGAUCACUGAUUUGAUUUCUCUCCUUUUUUUCUUUUGUUUUCUUCUUUUCUUUUGUUUUGGUGGGACGCAAAACCGAGUGAGGAUAAUUAUCAAUCUUGAUUUUGAGUUUCUCUGUCGGCUUGAAAGUAACGAUUUGGACAAAUCUCCUAAUUUCGUCUUCUUUCACUUGAUGUUGUUGUAAUCAGUUGUUUGGUUUGAAUUACGCAAUUUACAGCUGUUUCAUUUUGAAUUUUGAAGAACAAAAAGUGUUUACCAA